CGUGUAGUUUAUCUAUAUAGCAAACCUUGAUUGAUAACAUUUUUCUGACUUAUUAUUUUACUUUUAGUUAUGGCAUAAUUCCAAGUUAUCUUUGCGUAACACGCAGUAUGGGAGAGAUUGCGCUAUACCUUGACCUAGUUUUAUCAUUGAUAACGUAUUUUCUCUAUAUAUUUUAUUCACGUUAGUAACCUUUAGGACUGUGUAGGUGACUAACCCUCUUGACUUCUAAGUUCUACCAUAAAUUCGCGAAGCGAAGGUGAAAAAUAAAGUGCCAAAAGAAAGAGCUUUUUACUACUUAUUAAGUAGCAAGUAUAUCAUAAUUCAUAGUGUAUUAUUUGAACUAACUUAAUUAUUAGUUAAUAUGAUAAAAAUAAUAAUUUAUGGGAAAUAGAUCGAAACAGGCGGAUAAUUUCAGACCAGCUAGUGAAGCCACUGAAGGGUGGGUUGUUUCAAUAGCUGGGCUGGUAGUAAAUGUGUUUAUGAUACUUUGGAAAUUUGUUCCUGAUUGGAUGAUGGGCUGGAUUCGUUGGUGUCCAACUUCAGUUGAAGAACUGGAGACUUCAGAGAUGAAAGUUCUUUCAUUUAUCAGUAGAAAGUGUCACGGCCAGUUUGUAAAUGUGGGAAAAUUAUGGACACUGGAAGAUCACAGAAUGUGGACCAUCAAGUUAAAUGCAGAUCAAAGAAGUGACCGUCUGCCAGUCGUUCUUCUCCACGGCUUUGGGUCUGGCGUGGGGUUGUGGCUGUUAAAUAUUGAUAGUCUCUCGUCGUUCAGACCCGUGUAUGCUUUUGAUAUGUUGGGAUUUGCCCGUAGUUCUCGACCAACAUUCAGUACUGAGCCCUUUGAGGUGGAAAGACAGUUUGUUGAAAGUAUAGAGGUAUGGAGAAAUAGGGUGGGUCUUAAUCGAAUGGUUCUCUUAGGCCAUAGUUUAGGUGGUUACAUAGCAACUUCAUACGCAAUGGCUCAUCCUGACAGAAUAGCUCAUUUGAUAUUGGCUGAUCCCUGGGGAUUUCCAGAAAGACCAAUCACAACGAGUCAUCAUUAUGAACUCCCGAUGUGGGUGAAACUAGUUGCUACCAUGCUACGUCCAUUUAAUCCUCUGGCUGCCCUCAGAGUAGCUGGACCUUGGGGUCCACAACUGGUUGACAAGUUUCGACCUGACUUGUGUCAAAAGUUUAACCCUGUCGUUCAAGAUAAAGAAGCCAUUCCAUCAUACAUAUAUCAUUGUAAUGCACAGAAACCAACCGGAGAGGAAGCCUUCAUGGCUCUGACGGCUCACUUUGGAUGGGCAAAGCACCCGAUGAUCAGUCGGAUUCACCAGCUUAGAGAAGACGUGCCCAUUACCUUUAUUUAUGGCUCGAGAUCUUGGGUGGACAGGCAGACAGGAUUCCAAACAAAAUUUGUGAGACUUAACUCCUAUGUAGAUGUACAGGUGGUUCAGGGAGCAGGACAUCAUGUGUAUGCUGACAGACCAGAACUGUUUAAUGCUCUGGUACAGAAAGUUUGUGAACGAGCCGACAUUGUUGAGAACCGUUCCAAGCAGGAGAUAGAGACAACGUCUGUACAGAAACAAGAAACAAGUGUUGAAAAAGAUUCCAGUGAUAGUAUAGACAUUGACAGUCAUUUCGACCCUCAGUUAUUGUAAUGAAAAUUGUAUUAGAACACUCACUGGAAAUAGUGUUUAACUAUAUAUUUUUAUAUGUUACUGUUAAUAUUGAAAUGGUGUUUGUUAGAAAAUUUUAUCUCCUACGUUUUACGUUAGAAUAGCAGUAAUAAUUUGUAAGAAAAAAUUAUAAAUCUGAAGAAAUGUUUUAAAUAACCCGCCUAUAAACCUCUUAUAUAAAAAAAUUAGUUAUGAUUUCAAAGAAAUAGGAGGUAAGUAUACAAUUUAUGAAUAGUAGGGCUUAACUUUGCAAGUGUGCAGAAAGAAAACAUGGCAGGUUCUGUAUUUAAAUCUAGGAAAUUACAUUUUUUUCACGUUGUUCUUGGUAGUCAGGUUUUGGGUUUUACACAAAUCAGAUAAUGUGUUGAACCAGGCAACACAUUAUGAGAACCAAAUUAUGUGUAAAUUGUUAUCGUAAUGCAAGUAUGUCAUCUAAAUAUUUUUUGUAAACAAACUGUUCUAAAAAUGUUUAUAACACUAAGUAAUACCUCAGUUAUUUAUGUGCAUGUCUCGCUGGUGGUAUAAUUAUGUUUUUUUUUUUGUUUUUUAUCUUAAAGGUCAGUGUUUUCAAAAUGAGUCUGCUCCAGAGUUAUCUGACACUAUUUUAUUGUGAAGAUUUACACUGACAAAUAAAGAAUAUAUUUGUUCAAGUCUG